CAGAGCAGAGCACUGGGUCAGACACAGAAGUGCUGGCAGAAAGGACAUCGUGCUCAUUUGGCUCCCAUUCUGACCUUACAUCUGGUGGCUCAGGCCCUCAGCCUCCUCCACCUUCAUCCAUGGAAGAGAUCCAGGUAGAGCUGCAGUGUGCUGACCUCUGGAAAAGAUUUCAUGACAUUGGGACAGAGAUGAUUAUCACGAAAGCAGGCAGGAGAAUGUUUCCAGCCAUGAGAGUGAAAAUUACAGGCUUGGAUCCCCACCAGCAGUAUUAUAUUGCCAUGGACAUUGUGCCAGUGGAUAACAAGAGAUACCGGUAUGUGUAUCACAGCUCCAAGUGGAUGGUGGCCGGCAAUGCUGACUCUCCAGUGCCCCCAAGGGUUUACAUCCACCCCGACUCACUGGCUUCUGGAGACACCUGGAUGAGGCAGGUGGUCAGUUUUGACAAGCUCAAGCUGACCAAUAACGAGCUUGAUGAUCAAGGCCAUAUAAUCUUACAUUCGAUGCAUAAGUACCAGCCUCGUGUUCAUGUAAUCCGUAAGGAUUUCAGCAGUGAUCUUUCUCCUACAAAGCCAGUUCCUUUAGGCGAUGGUGUGAAAACCUUCAACUUUCCCGAGACUGUCUUCACCACAGUGACAGCCUACCAAAAUCAACAGAUCACCAGAUUAAAAAUUGACAGAAACCCCUUUGCUAAAGGCUUCAGAGAUUCUGGGAGAAACAGGACGGGGCUGGAAGCCAUUAUGGAGACCUACGCCUUCUGGAGGCCUCCUGUGCGCACACUCACCUUUGAAGACUUCACCACCAUGCAGAAGCAGCAAGGGGGCAGCACAGGCACCUCCCCAACCACCUCCAGCACGGGGACGCCGUCACCCUCUGCUUCCUCUCACCUUCUCUCUCCAUCCUGCUCCCCUCCAGCCUUUCAUCUGGCCCCCAACACUUUCAACGUUGGCUGCCGGGAGAGUCAGCUUUGCAACCUCAACCUCUCUGAUUAUCCCCCAUGUGCCAGAAGCAACAUGGCUGCCUUGCAGAGCUACCCGGGGCUGAGCGACAGUGGCUACAACCGGCUGCAGAGUGGCACUGCUUCUGCCUCCCAGCCCUCCGAAACCUUCAUGCCUCAGAGGACUCCAUCCUUGAUCUCAAAAAUCUCCCUGCCCAGCAACAGCAAGAUGGAAGCGUACAGUGGCCAGCUGGGAUCCUUCCCUAGCUCCCAGUUUCAGUAUGUCAUGCAGGCAGGCAACCCUGCUUCCACCUCCUCCUCUUCACACAUGUUCGGCGGUGGCCACAUGCAGCAGAGCUCCUACAACGCCUUCUCCCUGCACAAUCCCUACAACCUCUAUGGAUACAAUUUCCCUGCUUCCCCCAGGCUGGCUGCGAGCCCGGAGAAACUCACCACCUCCCAAAGCACUUUACUCUGCUCUUCUCCAUCCAGCGGAGCCUUCGGAGAGAGGCAAUACCUUUCGACGGGAAUGGAUCAUGGGAUGCACAUGAUCAGCCCUCCCUCUGGCAACCAGCAGACAACCAACGCCUGUGACAACAGACAGUACGGUGCGGUUCAGGGCUCCUCCUCACAGAUGUCUGUGCACAUGGUCUAACAAGCCCUGCCUCUACCUGGCUUUGAAAGCA